UGAAGCCGUUCGGUUGGGGUUGGGUUUCCCGGAGCACAACGACUGAGACGUCCAAUUGCGGGCGAAGCGAGUGCGGACCCGUCGGUAGUGCGGUUCCCACAUCCCGCGAGGGACCGGGCCACGAAAAGGGGGAAGCGUGUGUGUGUGUGCGUGAAGGUGCUGCCGGAAGAUGGGACAGAAGAACAGUAAGCCUUCUGGUCCCAUGGGUGGGGGAACUAGUGGUGAGGGUAUAGCUAUACCCUGUAUUCCCCCAGACAGUCCACUGGGACUCAUGAUUAAGAAUCUGAAUGAUUCCCAUUCUAGGCGGGGAAAAAGUAAAGUUAAAAUGAUUCAUUAUUGUGUAGAAGUAUGGGGCAAUAAGCCCAUAAAAGGGGAGAGUGUAUUUUGGCCCCUUUUUGGCUCCUCUAAGGACUGGGUAUGUCAGGCCCUUAACCUCUGUGUAAAUGCUAGGAGCCUUUUAGUUCAGAGCAAAGUGAGUAUGCCCACCUCUGGAUAGCCUCAGAGACGAGGAGGCAUUUAUAUCACCUAAAAGAAAAAGGAGGGCGGGAGGAGAAGGGAUUUAGAAGUCCCAGUGUCACCACCGCCCUACAUACCCGCACCCACGGCCCCGUCUUCCAGGGGGCCGGGAGCACCGACCCGCCCUCUCGCUACGCCUCCCCUCCCCGACCUUCCCCUCUCUCCUCUCCCCGCGGCGCCGGUCCCGUCCGCUUCCGAGUCCGGGCCGUCCGAUCGGUUGCCGGGCGGUUUGGGUCCCGUGCGGGCGGGGCGGUCCGAGCCGCGUUUAUUCUCCCGAGCGCAGCGGCCACCAGGCGCCGGGUUACGGAGGGAAACCCCGGGGCCCCACUGGGGGACGCUCCCCCCGAGGGUCGCCGGGGCCGGCUGGCAGGUGCCGGGUUUCCCCUCGACGCGCCGUCCCGUCCGUCGGGCAGCCGGGCGGGCGGGCGAAGGCACCUCCGCGGAGCCUUCGGGUUGUUUCCCUCACCCCAGGGCCAGGUACCUAGUGUCCGUAGUGCCCGCGCCUCCGCACGUCCGUCGGCCGCGGAGCCGGGCGGAGGUUUUAAAAACAACAACAAAAAAAAAGUUCGCUCCGCGCCCCGGUCUGCGAGAGAGAAGGGGUGUGUCAGGGGCUCUGUUUGCUGGGACCCGAGGACAGAAUGGGCCCUUGAUAAAAUUAAAAGUGGGUCCCCCAACGCAAGGAAAUAGAAUUCCUUGUAGAUCCAGGGGCUGAAAGAUCAACAAUCCAAACACUGCCCUUAGGAUGUAAAGCCUCUGCAAAAAAGUACAGGUGAUCGGGCAAAAAGGGGGAACCAUUUGGGGUCCCUGUUAUAAAAAGGGUGUUGAUUGAAUCAGACCUGAGGCCAAAUGCAAUCUAUUAGGUAGGGACUUCAUAGUAGAAUUAGGAAUAAGCUUAGAAGUAGUAGAUAAAAGAUUAGAGAUUCGGUUAUGUCCUCUAAGAGUAGAGGAUGGGGUAGUACACGCUUUUGGGAAAAUAUAGAAGGAGAGAAGACUUAGAAAAUUAACAAGGAAAGGGGUUAAUUCAUCAAGAAUUGAUCCUUCAGGUUUUAAAAGCUAUCAGAGAACCAAGGGAGAUUGCAGUAGUACAUGUAAGGGGUCACCAACGAGGACUGGAUCCUCAAACUAGAGUUAAUAACCUAGCUGACCAGGAGGCCAAAAAGGCUGCUCUUUUGUGUGUGUGUAUGAGGUGACCGAAAGGGGGGCUGCCCGGCUAUGUUUGCAGAGGGUGGGUCAGAUCCUCUUCCCCUGUUCUGUUUUAUGACUGUGGAGAAAGAAAAGAUGAUACAAAUGGGAAUUUGGGAAAAUGAAAUGGGAAAAUGGACAUUACCUGAUGGAUGGGUGGUUUUACCAAAAUCAGUAGCUAUGAGGGUGUUACGGAGGUUCCAUGAACAAACACAUUGGGGUGCUCAGGCCUUAGUGGAUCAGUUUGCCAAUAAUUAUAUGUGUAUAGGGGUAUAUAACAUAGCAAAGGGGAUUGUUAAUGGAUGUGUGACUUCCCGGAGGGUUUAUGCAAAGAAUAUGAGAAAAAGAAUCCCAGGAGGGUGAGAAUUGGCUUAUCGACCCUUCGCAAGGAUCCAGUUGGACUUUACUGAACUCCCUAAAACUGGGAGAUAUAAAUACUUAUUAGUGAUUGUAGACCAUCUUACAAACUAUGUUGAGGCAUUCCCUACGGCAAGGGCUACAGCACCAAUGGUAGUAAAGAUACUAAUAGAAAAUAUAAUUCCUCGAUAUGGAAUUAUAGAAGCAAUAGAUUCUGACAGGGGACCUCAUUUGUGUCAAAGGUUACACGUGACACAAUGAAAAUUCUAAGGAUUAAAUGGGAAUAUCAUACUCCUUGGCACCCUCAGAGCUCUGGUAAAGUAGAACGAAUGAAUGGGGAAAUUAAAAAACAACUUAGAAAAUUAAUGAUAGAAACUAAGACAUCUUGGAUAAAAUGCUUGCUGUUAGCUCUGUUAAAUAUAUGUGUGAAACCCAGAACUGAUCUGGGAAUUUCACCUUUUGAAAUGCUGUAUGGUAUGCCCUAUAAUCUUGAAAUACCUCUUGGUCACCCCCAUUUACAAGAUGAUCAAUUAAAACCUUACCUUAUACAAUUAAUGAAUGGGUGCAAGGAACUACAAGAAGGAUCUGAUUGCACAGCGGUCCCCAUUGGAGAUAGCAAUCCAUAGAAUAUAGCCAGGGGAUGGGGUGCUAAUAAAAACCUGGAAAGAAGCUGCACUAACACAACAAGGGGAAGGUCCCUAUGUUGUUUUAUUUACUGCAGAAACAGCUAUUCGAACCGCAGAGAGAGGAUGGACUCAUGCCAGCCGUGUUAAAGGACCCAUCGGUGACGAGAAGUGGGAGGUAGCCCCCGGGAGUGACGACCUGAAACUUACACUGCGACAAGCCCAAUGGGUAUUCCAGGUAAAGGCUCCCCCUGAAGAACACUACUGCUGCCGAGAAGAACUAAAAAAACCCCUCGUAGCUGGUUGCAACCCAGUUGACGAGUGAGGCAGAGGAGUGAAUUGUGGGGAAAGAUGGGCCUUAGGGGUAUCCAUUGGUACUUGGGGAUUCUCACAGUGAUCACAUUUUGUAUAGCAGCACAACGCCACCCACACCAAGCUUCCUUACAUCCCUGUGUGACCUGGUACCUAUACAGCCCAGUCUAAACCAAAAGGGUUACUAUUUUUGCCUAAGCUCAAACCUAGGGAGGGGAUACUGUAACCACCCAGGCUCAUAUUACUGUGCCUAUUAGGGAUGUGAAACUAUUGCCUCAGAUUGGGCACCUGGGAGGAGAGGCCGUGUCCCAGCAGGGCCUGGCCAGGCUCGGCAAGGAGUCCCAGGGCAGUCACGGGCCGAGCCUGGCUGUGCCCUGGGUUGGUGGGAGCCGCUGAGGCUGCUAGGGAUGCUCCCCUCUCACUCGCUGCUUUCUGUGCCCAUACAGAAGGAAAGGUCCAAACGUCCCAAACAGAGGAAGUGCCAACACGGAGCUAACCAGGCAAAUUCUAGAGUUUGGGACUUGUGCACGUCUUCACAGCACGCGAGGAUGCACUCCUCAGUGCCCAGUCAGACGGAUGACACCUAUGAAGCCAUCCAAUGUUUUUACAGAACUGUUCAAGACUCCAACAGAUGCUUGGACAGGCUCAUGUUGCAAAUGCCUGAGGGCAGCAAUGAGGGCAGCAAUGAGGGCAGCAACGAGGGCACCAUCACCUGUUGUGGGGAUAUGAAGACACCUUGCCCACAACCAAAGUCCCAGGAGCGGGACCUGCCCUUGGUGGAUGAGGCUAUGAGAAGUCUCCUGGAGCAUCCUGACAUGAAAAUGCAGGCACCAGAGCACCUGCAGAAGAGCCUCUCAGAGCCUAAUCUGGGGCACAAAGACUCCCAGCUUCCACAUCCACUGAGGCAAACAAGGAGGUCCGCUCGCUUGCCCUUCCAGCGCAGGCACAUGCAGGCUCAGGCAUGGAGGUCAUCAGCAGAGGCCUUUGGCCAACGGCAAAAAUCUGCCUCCCUGAUGGACACACGCAAACAAGAAACAAUGCGUACAGUCCAUGCUGACUGCUACAGACUGUGUGAACAGCCUGACAACCAGGAGAACAGGUUGAUGUAUCAAUAUCUGGAGCAGUAUGCAUACGUUGAGAGGAAGAAGCGGGACUUUUUCACACCACACCGCGUCCUGCCUAGCAAUGAAGGAUCCAAGGGUGUGUCUCCAUCUGACCCUGUAGCCCAGCUUGAUGCAGGAAGAGCAAAAGUAGGAGAGAGAAAUCCACCUGCGGACAGGGCCAGUAAGCAGCAGGGCCAGAAAAAUACCACUGCUGCUCAAGAGCCAAAGGGGCUCCCUGGACAUACCCUUGCGGGAAGUAGAUCUUCAGUUGCGUCAAGCAGGAUUGUGCCAAAGGAUGAGCCAUUCAGGCCCCAGUCAGCAAAGCCAGAGGCGAGGCCCAAGCACGUGGCAGAACAACACAGGACACAAAGGUCAGAGACUCUAUCUCAGCUGUGUACAGGCUGCUGUGUGCCACGCUUUCUGUGCCGCUGCAUUCAGCGUGCCUGGGCCAAGCUCAAAGCAGCCAGCAAGGCCCUCUGUUCCAAGAUCAGAAAGGGAAGCGAGAAGCUCUCCAGGAAGGGAAAUAAGCCCUUCACAAACAACAGAUCCUCAGAGCCAACAAGGCUGGACGCGAGUCAUCAUGGGAGCAGACAAUCACUGACACCUCUGGCCAAAAUGAAAACCGCAAGUCCAUUUCUGGAGGGAACAAAGAAGGACUUGGUGGCAUCCGAAGACAAGUCUUUCAGUGCUGACAGUGACGUCACAGCUGCCAGUAAGCUCACAGCUGCCAGCAAGGUCACAGGCGCCAGCAAGGGAUCAAGCCAUGGUGGCAGCAGCCACAGGCACUCGGGCAUGCAGUCGCCAGUUCUCUCUGGGACCAGUAUUCCAGUCUCCCUCCUUCAGGAUGUAGCAGCAUGUCCUGCAGGAGGGAGAUUUGAAUAUUGGUCCCAGAGAGAUUUGGAGGCUCUGCGGGAGGGAGACCAGAAUGUUCUCCCUCCUCUUCACAGUGCAGAUCAUCAGCCAGAGGGGCUCCUGUGCAUUGAUGUCCCUAAGGACAUCAACCGAUGUCACUGCAGGAGGAAGCUCACAGAAUAAUGCAAAGUCCUACAAACUACGUAUCCCAGUGGACUUUGCAUUAUUCUGCAUGUAUGUAUAUGUAGUGCUAUUGCUCCGGUCAAUAGUGUUAUUGUCCGGAGCAAUAGCACUACACCCAGGAUGCUUUCCUGCAGAGAAAGCACUCCUCCACCAAGCAGAGAGCCUCAUGUCUGCCAGAGCCUCCAGUUCUCUCUGGGACCAGUAUUCCAAUCUCCCUCCUUUAGGAUGUAGCAGCAUGUCCUGCAGGAGGGAGAUUUGAAUAUUGGUCCCGGAGAGAUUUGGAGGCUCUGCGGGAGGGAGACCGGAAUGUUCUCCCUCCUCUUCACGGCUCACGGCUCUCUGUCCCUAAGGACAUCAACCGCUGUCACUGCAGGAGGAAGCCCACAGAAUAAUGCAAAGUUUUACAAACUACAUAUCCCAGUGGACUUUGCAUUAUUCUGCAUGUAUGUAUAUGUAGUGCUAUUGCUCCAGUCAAUAGUGUUAUAGAUGGGGAAUAUAAAUAAUGAAAAAUCAUAAAAAUUAGCCUCUCUCUAUUGCCACUUCUAAUGUGAGAAGUCUAGCCAGGGUUUUUGGAUUCUGUGAUUUUAUUUGACUUACGUAUUUUAAAUUUUUUUUUAAUUUCUUUAAUUAUUUCAAAAUAAAAUAAUUUCUCCUCA